AUGGCAUCUCUCCCUUUACUUAUUUUUUUUUUCUCUCCGACGCUUUUUCCCAUGAGUUUGAUGGUGUCCGCUUGAAUCCACACCAUUUUCACACAGUUUCCACAGCACCGGAACCGACACGACUCUUCGUCCCGACUUUUAAAAAGGAACUCCUUCUCCUCCUCUGGUUUCCACACGCCCUUUCGUUUUUUUUUCUUUCUUGAUUACCCACCACCAUUCUCCGCUCAAGAUUCUUGAUUCAUCGCCUUGCUCGGUCACCCCUCGGACACGUCUCAUUCGUCCACCCACCGAUCAAGCUCCUCCCACGCGCUCAUUUCACACCCUUCUUCAGAUCCAACACCAUGACCACCGCAACCUCCACCUCUGCUCUUGAUAAGCAGCUCGCCCGCUUUAAGGAGAUCCAAGUCGGCGGAACCCAAUAUCUCGACCGCCUCUCCGACGGCGACCGUAAGGCAAUCCCGCUCCUCGUCCAGGUCGGCAAGCUGAUCGACCAGAUCUACAUCCGUCAGCUCUGGUCCGGCAACGAACGGCUCCACGCCCACAUCCACUCCAAGUCCCCACGCGAUGCCAAGCUCGAUUUGGGUCUGCAGCUCUUCAAGGGACCCUGGGGACUGGAUGAGGAAAAGUUCAUCGAGUCGGUCAAAGAAGCCGAGAUCCAUAUCCCACAUGACCCUCCUCAGCAUGGAAACUACUAUCCGGAUGAUAUCAGCAAGCAGGAGUAUUCGGAUUGGGUUGCUUCAUUGACGGGUCAAGCGAAGAAGGAGGCAGAGUCGUAUUAUCAUGUGGUAAAGAGGGAUCCCGCAACCGGCGGACUGAAGACUGUGCCAUAUUCGGAGGAGUAUAAGGAUUUCUUGGAGCCUGCGGCGGCGUUGUUGAAGCAGGCGGCGGAGCUGGUGAGCGAUGAGUCGCUGGAGAAGUUCUUGAGGUCCAGGGCGGAGGCGUUUUUGACAAACGAGUAUGUGGACUCGGAUGUGGACUGGUUGAGGAUCAGCAAGGAGUCUGCGCUCGAUGUCACCUGCGGACCUUAUGAAAACUACACGGACAAGAUGUUAUCCAUCCGCGCCGCAUAUGAGUUCUAUCUGCACGCACGCGACUUUGCCUCUUCCGCGAUCCUCGCCAAGUUCUCAGACCGACUUCAGGAUAUGGAGGACCAGCUCCCGGUGGACGAGCUCUACAAAGCCAAGGGUCUGCACCCCCCGGCGAUCAUCACCGUCAACCAGCUCUACUCGGGCGGCGACGUAGCCGUGCCCAUGACGGCGGCCUACAAUUUGCCGAACGAUGAGGCCCCCAUCAAGAUCGCGGGCUCGAAGCUGGUGAUUAUCAAGAACGUUCAGGAGGGCAAAUUUGAGAAGGUGCUCCGACCAAUCGCUCAGCAGGUCUUGGAUCCGGAACAGGUCAAGAAGGUCCAAUUCGAGGCCUUCUUCCAGCAUGUGUUGAUGCACGAGGUCGCUCAUUCGUUGGGUCCCCAUUUCUUGGUAAGGCAUAAGGAGACGAAGGUGCGCUCGGCGCUCGAGGAGUAUCACUCGGCGAUGGAGGAGGCCAAGGCCGAUAUCGUGGGAUUGUACGCGGUCGGUUUGUUGCUCAAGGAUGGCACUCUCUCUGGUGGACCCGAUGCCGAAUCCUUCUACAUGACCUACCUCGCCUCCGCAUUCCGCUCGAUCCGCUUCGGCAUCACUGAGGCCCAUGGCCUGGGUCAGGCUAUGCAGUUUGAGUACCUGAAGGAACAAGGUGGUUUCGCCUACGAUGCCGAGACUGAGAAGUUCAGCGUGGUCAUGGACAAGAUCGAGGACGCUGUCCGGUCCUUGACGACUCGGAUCCUCGUCCUCCAGGGUGAUGGUGAUAAACAGAAGGUCAAGGAGUUUGUGGACCAGUACGGAAUCAUCUCUCCUGAGGUCAAGCAGGCCUUGGCCACGCUUGAGGAUAUGGGUGUCCCUGUGGAUGUGUACCCCAAGUAUCGUAUUCUUGAGGACGGUACCGUUUAAAAAAAAAUGCGAGAGAUGCUGGUUUUUUUUUUUCUUUUUUUUCUUUUUUUUUUUUCGCUUGAAUUAC